AUGGAUCCAAUUAUUCAAACCAUUCAAUUAUUCCAACAUACUCUUCAUCAUGACGCUAAUGUCAUUAAAGCUGCUGAAGCUCAACUUCAACAAAUUAAAGUAACUGAUGGAUAUUCAAGAAUUUUAUUAAAAAUUUUAGCAUCAAAUGAAGUUGAUAUUUCAAUUAGACAAGGUGUUUCAAUUUUUUUAAAGAAUAUGAUCAUUACAAAAUGGAGAGGUGCUGAAGAUGAAUCACCAAUCACUCAAGAGGAUGCAGAAUUCAUUAAAGAGAAUCUCAUUGAUCUUUUAGUUCAUUCACAUCAUUUAGUUCAAAAUCAAAUUGAAGCAAUGAUUGAAAUUAUUGCAAAUCGUGAUUUCCCUGAAAAAUGGACUUCAUUAUUACCAAAAUCAAUUCAAUAUAUUAAUACUCAAGAUGUUAAAUUAAUUUUAGCUGGUUUAACUUCAAUUCAAUUAGGUAUUAAAAGAUUUAGAUAUGUAACAAUGGGUGAUAAAAAAAAAGAAUUAUUAUACACAAUUGUAAAUGAAAUUUUCCCAUUAUUAUUACAAAUUUUAGAAUUUUUAUCACAACAUCAAACAAUUGAAUCAGCAUUAAUGCAAAAAAAAGUUAUAAAAAUUUUUGGAUAUGCAAUUCAUUUUGAAAUUCCAGAUUUAUUAAUUCAACCAGAAGUUUUUAAUAAAUGGUUAAGUCAAUUUGUACGUAUUAUUCAAAGACCAAUUACACCACAAGAGAAUGUUAAACAUGCAGAUGAUUGUAGAAAGAAUCAAUGGUGGUUAUUAAAGAGAACUACAGCCAAACUUUUGAAUUUAUUAUUUAGAAAAUCAGCAACUAGUGUUAGAUCAACCGAUCAUUCAUCAGUUAAAGCAUUGAAUAAAUUAUUUAUGCCAGUUUAUUCAGUUGAAGUUAUGAAAGUAUUCUAUGAACAAUUAUCAACAUUGGAACAAUUAUAUAAAGGAGUUCACUAUGAACGUUAUCAACAAAAAUUGAUUGAAUAUUUUUCAUUCGCUAUUAAAUAUGGUGUAACUUAUGUUGCAAUGAAACCAUGGUUAUCAACUUUAAUUCAACAAGUUUUAUUCCCAAUCAUUUGUUUCAAUGAUAGAGAUGCUGAACUUUGGGAAUGUGAUCCAAAUGAAUUCCUUCGUUCUCAAUUUGAAUCUUCAAUGACUUUUGCAACUGCUCGUAUUGAAGUAUUAAAUUUCAUUAUCGAUGUAGUUGGUAAACGUGGUAGAGCCAAUCUUGAUAUGAUUAUGGGAUUUUGUAUUCAAUCAUUAAAUAAAUACAAUGCUGCCACCAAUGCCUCUGAAAAGAAUCCACGUGAAAAAGAUGGUGUAUUAGUUAUUAUUAGUGUAUUAUCUGCUUAUUUAAAGAAUAUUUCAUUCUAUAAAUCAAAUCUUGAACAAAUGUUAUUACUUCAUGUUUUCCCAGAACUUAGUUCACCACAUGGUUUCUUGAAAGCUCGUGCAUGUUCAUUAUUUAGUGAAUUUUAUAAUAUUGAAUUCACAGAUCCAGUUUAUUUUUCAAAUGCAUUGAAAUUGAUUUUAGGUUUAAUGUCUGAUAAUGAUUUACCAGUUCGUGUUAAAGCUGGUACAUCCAUUUGUAAUUUAGUACGUGCAAAUCAAGGUGUUGACGAACUUCGUCCAAUUCUUCCACAAUUAUUAGAUAAAAUUUUCAGUUUACUUAGUGAAGCCGAAUCUGAAGAUCUCGUAAUUGCUAUUGAAUCGAUUAUUCAACGUUUUAAACAUGAAAUUGCACCAUAUGCCGUUAACCUUUGUAAGAAUUUAUCUGAACAAUUUUUACGUCUACUUGAAUUGGAAGAAUCUGAUGAAAGUGGUGAAAGUGGUUUCGCAAGUCAAGAAUGUUUAGGUGUUUAUUGUACACUUUUAAGAGCACUUAAAGAUAUUCCAGAUGUUUUCAAUUCAUUAGAACAACAAAUCGUACCAAUUCUUCAAAAACUUUUCACCUCUGAUCAUAUGAUGUAUUUGGAUGAAGCACUUCGUAUUCUUACUUUUGUUACCUAUUAUCCAAAAUCUAUUUCACCAUUGGUUUGGUCAUUAUUCCCUCAAAUUAUGAAUCUUUUCGAUGAAUGUGCUUGUGAUUUCGCUUCCUCCUACGUUAAUCCAUUGGAUAACUAUAUCUCUUAUGGUACUGAAUAUUUCCUUUCCAAUCAACAAUACAUUGAAAUGGUAUUCAAUAUGUAUAAAAAGAUGGUUGGUGAUAUUAAUCAACAACCAGUUGAUGCUGGUGAUUGUUGUAAAAUCAUGGAAUCUUUAAUUCAACGUGCUAAAGGUCGUAUUGAUUAUAUGAUUGUACCAGUUUUAGAAUUGGCUUGUGGUCGUUUACUCAAUACCGAUAAAAAUAAUCAAAAAUCAAAAGAAUUUACAGUUUAUCUCUUGGAAAUCAUUGCCAAUUGUAUCUAUUAUAAUCCAUUGAUCUCAACUCAAUAUUUAGAAUCAAAGAAUUUAGUUGAACCAAUCUUUGGUUUAUGGUUUAAUAGAAUUAAACAUUUCCAAAGAUUCUAUGAUAAAAAGAUCUCAGUUUUAGCAUUCUCAUCAUUACUUACCCUUAAUCCAAGUCCAAAUUUCGUUAAAUUUGGUACAUCUUUAAUCUUGGAGAAAAUGUUACAAUUCACCAAAGAUAUGUUAUCCAUUGAAAAGGAAUUAGAUAAACAAGAGGCUGAACGUGAACAAAAAAUUAAAGAUGGUACACUUAAACCAGAGGAAGAAGAAUUCAUUGAUGAAAAUGAUGAAGAAGAUUAUUUUGAUAAUCAUAAAUUUGAAUUUGAAUUCACUGAAAUUCCAGAUAAUCAAGAUUGUCAACAUGAUGAUGAAGGUGAAGUAUUCUUGGAUGAUAUUGAAAAAGCAACUGAAUACUUUGAAAAUGGUGGUGAUUUAGGUGAAGAUGAAGGUGAUAACUUUGAUGAUCAAAACGACGAUGAUGAUCAAGAUUCUGAAGAAGAUCUCUUUGAAGAUGAAGAUACUCCAGACUUUGAAACCCCAAUUGAUGAAGUUGAUGGUUUCGAAUUUAUGAUUAAUUCAAUUCAAAAUUUCUUCCAAAUUAAUCCAACUUGUAUUCAACAAAUCUCUGAAAAACAACAAGAAAAAAUUAAAAAAUAUGUUGCUUCAGCUCCAGCAAGAAAAGAAAAAUUAAGAUUAGAAAAAGAAAAAGAAGAAAAAUUAAAACAACAACAACAAAAAAAAUAA